AUGCUGAAGGAGAACGCAUCAGCCCUAAACAUCUGCAGAAGUCGCCUUUGCCCGAGGCAGACUGGGCCAGCUGAUCUGCGGGGCUCACGUGGCCGCCCUCCCGACGCCGACGAUGUCUACUCGAGGCUGUAUUACAGAGGGCACUCGAAGUGCCGCCCACGUAAGGCGAUUCUGAAAAGGACCAAGCAAUACGCUGCCACUAACGUUGUGUUGUCCUUUGUAAUCCCCACGCAGCUCCAGGGAGCGACACACAGGGCGCUUCACAGGCUCUUCCAUACGAGAAGCUGUUUGUUUGUUGCCCUGCACAUCGCCUUGCAGGCUGCAGUGUACGGGGAAUACACCUGGGAAGUGUUUGCUUACUGCUGGGAGCUGCAGUUCCACCUCGUCCUGCUGCUGCUGCCCUACCUGCUGCUGGCUGGGAACGUGGCCUGCUUCGUCCUCUGCUCCCGGGCCGACCCUGGUACAAUAACAAAAUCAAGUCACGCAUCACUGGUGAAGAUCUAUGCGUAUGAUGGUGUAUUAUUUCAGAAAGGCGUUCCGUGUCCUACGUGCAACAUGGAGAAGCCAGCCCGAUCAAAACACUGCAGUUUCUGCAGUGUGUGUGUACAUCGUUUUGAUCACCACUGUGUGUGGGUCAACAACUGCAUCGGUGCCUUCAACGCAAAGUAUUUCGUCCUUUACCUCCUCACCCUGACGGCCAUGGCUGCGGCCAUUGCAGCCAUCACAGCAGCGUUUCUCGUCCGACUGGUGCUGCUGUCAGACAUGAUGCAUGGGAGAUACAUUGAUGACCAAGGACAGGAGCGCACUGUUGAGAUUCUCUUCCUCGUUCAGCACCUUUUCUUGACUUUUCCUAGGAUUGUCUUCAUGCUUGGCUUUGUCAUUCUUCUCGUGCUCGUCCUGGGUGCGUACUGCUGCUUCAGUCUGUACUUGGCCUUAACCAACCAGACUGCCAAUGAAUGGUAUAAAUCCAGAAGAUACGGGUGUUCCCACCAUCUAACAGUGCAGCCUCCUGACGGACGAGUUGUCUACAAAAACAUUUAUUCUAAAGGAGCCUGGAUGAAUUUAAAGGAAAUCUUUAAACCUCCUACAGAGUUGGAAAGAAAGAAGAAAACAUGA